GACAGUCGCUCUAGCCCGACUAUUUUGUUUGUUUGAAAUUUUCCUAAAGCAUCACAAAUUGCAAGACAGGUUCUGAUCGAUUCAAGCACUGGAAAUAAAAUCUUACUAAUUCAUCACUCACGGUUUCACUGUGCCUAGAACCACCUUGCUUAUAUUUCUAGUAACCCAAAUAACCGUGUAGUUAAGACUUUGAAACCAACGGUUAAAAUUCAUACACGGAUCUAAAUGAAAUUGAAAGAACAAGGUUCUUUGAUUUUCAUUCAAACUUAACGAAAUUCACAUUCUCUCAAUUUUCAAUCAUUUAAACUUGUAGGACAAUUCAUGUGGUCGUUUGUGUAUAUAAACGCAAGUUGAAAACCCGUAAAGUGAUAAAAUUUUGCAAAAAUUAAAAUAUGUAUGUGAAAGGCACAUUCGGCAAUAAAUUUUAUGUGACGCACACCGUUAGGAUCUUUUUAUUCUGAUACAUUUUUUGAGUUUUUCGUUGUUGUCAAGCACUUCGCGAAGAAAACUGAAUUCAAGCCUCCUGUAAGAAUGUCGUGUGUAACGCCAAAAGCGAUGCUUUGUCUAAAGGCCUACAUCCCCAAUGUGUUGCUCCUAUUUUUAUUGAAAAUGCCUUCCACAAAAUAUUUGCGUUGUUUAAUUUACCCCUUAAAAAACGCAUUCACUUCCUCCUCCAAUAUCCCGUUGGUCACGUUCAUUUCAAAGCUCUGCCUCUACCCCCGCCAAUUUCCCCUCUUUCCCAAUAAAAGUGGUACAUUUAUACCUUCAAGACCUGGAUGGAGGACAAAAUUCUUCAAAUAUUUUGCUCAGCUUGGAAUUUUGUUACAUUUACUCGGGUGCUUAAACUGGUUCAAAAUCCAAUGGUUCGACCACAAACAGUGUGGUGUGGUCACUCCCACGUGGAAAUUCAUGCUUGUGACAUGCAGUAUGAUAAUAUUUGCGGCAGAGUCACUUUCGUUCCCACAUAUCGAUCAGGUUAAAAUGCAUCUCGUCACACUGCUCAACUCAGCAAUGUCAGUGGAAAUCAAGUUGCAAAGGGGAGGUAAUAAAAUUAAGUAUGUAUACAUAAAUAUCUGUGUAAAUUAGUCACAAAAUUGAUCCAGAAUUGUUGAUUCAUUACGGGCUUCGGGGCGAGCAGCGAUUCUUUCCACAGACUUAUGUAUGUAGUUAUUCGUAAAUAUUUUAAGGAUACAUGAUUAGAAAAUUAAUUCAAAUUUAAUAGUAGUAUUGGGGAAAUUAUAAAAAAUAGAUGCACAUAAAAAAUGGAUGCAUACGGUUUUUGAACAACGUAACAAUUUUGUUGCUAACAUGUUUCGGUUUACAUUUAGACGAUUUAGAUUAGAUUUAUUUUGGUGUCUCAAACAAUUAGCCAUAUCGAUCGCUGACGGAUGAAAAUUUUAAACGAAGAAGAUCCCAAAGUUAGUUCGUUUUUUCUAAACAACAAAUACAUACAAGUUUAUGUAAGUGUGAGACUAAGCAGUGAGAGUCAAAUUAUUUUGGACAAACUUGAAUUGAUGUGAAAUUAUAAUGAAGGUUUUUAAAUAUAGUUCUAUACACAGUUUUUAACAAUGCAGGAAAUUUGGGGAGGUACGUAACCACGUAUUUUGUCCUGAUGGGAGCAUGCAUCACGUGGGGGGUUGGGUUCAUCUUGCCCGCCGUGUUCAUCCUUAGUUUGCUUCAACCCUGCAUGCCCCCACUCAUUAGUGCUUUUGCCUUUGUGCCCUGCACCUCUUGGACGGAUGAUGGGGCUGCUACUGGGUUUCUGAUUAAGGCGGCAGUGGGAAUAUACGAAAUGUACAUGUGGUCCGUUCUCAUUGGUAUCAGCGCUUUCGUAUUUAUGAUAAUGAUACUGUAUCCAGUGGAAGUCAACUUAUUGCUGCUAAAGGAUAUGGAGAGAAAUUGGCGCAACUUCGUGCAGUUGAGGACGUUACAAAUGCUAUCAAACUUGCAAAAUUUCGUCUUUGCCGCCCCUUCGAUGGGAGUGAUCAUUGGUACUUUAACUUUACUUGAAAGCUGCGCCAUCUACAUAUUGAUGAAAUCAGGGGAGCUGAUUCCACUUCCGAUCUUCGUUUUGCUCUCAAUUGCCGCGAUUGAUUACUUGAUCGUCAUCUUAGGGAUUUUCAAAAUCGGUUCUAAUCCUUACGUCAAAUCUAUGAGGUUUAUCCAACUUACAAAGACCAACAAGCUUUCCAAGUACGAGGUGGCUUUCAUAAAAUCCUGCCCUCCCUCAAAGUUAUCACUCGGCGAUGGAAGAUUUUUCGAUCGAUUGACGUCAUUCGUAAUUUGGCAGAAAUGCAUUGAUUGGAUCAUCACGUUUUUAUUAAUGUAGAAUCAUCGAGGAACUUAUACAUACUGUAAAUCCUCUAUUAGAGGUAAGUUUUUUUUGGAAACUCAUGUUGUAUAUACAUUUUGCUGAUAUUGUGCAAAUUAAGCACAUAUUAAUGUGAUGUGAAUGUCAUUCAAAUAUCUAAAUUCUUAGAAUAAGGAUAAGUAACACCCAGGUCUAAUCAGAGACACUUGAUGGUGGGUUAUCUCGUGCAUAGAAUAGGUGUUUGCACGGCGUAGUGAUAUGCCAAAAUCCCCAAAAAAAUUACUUAUGUUGUCUUAUGAAGUUCCCAUGUUUUGGUAGUAAUAAAAAGUUAGUCUGCAUAGCGAAACUUUAUUAAAAUCAAUAUAGUGACUGAAGUUUAAACGCUUAUCGCUAAUUAAACUGUGUGUAUUUACGAUGUCAAAUUAAUUAAUCCAUAUUAAUCAAUUACAUCUCAUUGUCCGGAUAAAUGUGCGAAUAACAUAUUUAUGAGAAAUAUUUCAUACUCUUGCACUGUACAUAAAGCCGGAGCACAUCGCAUGUUUAGUUAACCAAAGUGUAAAAUGCGAUGAGCAAAUACAUUCAGAUAUCGAGAUAACCCAUUGUUCCAAUAAAUUAUGGGUCAGACUGAUUUCAGUCAAGGAUUGAGCAACGUGCCGGGGACAUUAGCAUACAUCAAGGGAAUACUCGCAUAUUGAGAAUUAUUGAGAUUUUUUUGGUAUCGCCGAAGAUUUCAUUUUUUUCUGCCAAUUUGGUGCCCUCCUCCCUUCCGCGGUCAUUGCUUGAUGUAAGCCUUCCUCGUCGCACUAGUCCUAAGGAGGGCAACUUCAGUUUGGAGGAAUCAGAGAUUUUGAUGAGUUUUUGGUACAUAUGACGUAUUUAGUACCCUAUGAGCAUACUUAAACCUCCAUUGCUUUCCCCACACUCACCUAGAACUACCACAUAUGCAAAAAAAAAAAAUCUGUAAUUCCUCCAAACUGAAGUACAUUCAUAAAUAUGUAAGUAAAUACUUAUCAGCUUAUCUCCUUAUCAUUAUGGUAGCGAUGAUUACGGUAGCAUUGUGUGCCAAUGUAUAUCUUCAUUAAGCUGGGUUUUGCAAUGAAUACUCAUCACUUGGCCGUGGGAUACAUACCAUACAUACACCUUGGAACUACACUGUACUCUUUAAACAGAAUUUAAAAUGCCUCAAAAUUUAGUGGAAGGUGAAAACCCCGAAAGAAGCAAAAGACCGAAAUCGUGCAUCUCCUUCGUUAAAGGGUUAACCGUAGAACCGGCCGGAUUCCUGCUCGUACUUAGCUUGGUAGUUUCUCAUCUCGCCUUCCAAAACGUGAUGAUGGAAACUAUCUGUCGGGUCGAUUUGGGAUAUGAGGCGGACACUUGUAAAGAGAUUAUUAAUAAGGUAAACAUCACGUACAAAUCAGAGGAGCGGGAAAUACAAAAAGUCGUCGCGGGUAUUCAAGCCAUCACAUCUGUUAUAUUCAGUUGCAUUACAGUCCUCGUAGUGCUAUUUAUCGGACCCUGGAGUGACAUGAAUGGGCGAAAGGUACCGCUGCUCUUAUCCAUGUCAGGGAUGAUGUUAAUGCCCUCCAUGAUGAUUGUGGGGUAUCUAAACCUCGGAAAUAUUCGUGCCCUUCACAUAGCCCUUCUCGUCAUGUUGCCAAUGACUGACCGGGGGUGUUGUUGUGUUUGGUAUGUCGGCGGGAUCUUAUAUUUGUGAUACGACCACUCCGAAAAACCGGACCGUGAGGAUGGGCGUGUUUUCAGCCUCGGUCAGAUCUGGCACUCCAAUCGGCUUCGUGGUUGGCGGAUUGUUAAUGAAGUUUUAGGUUGGGAUUGUAAAAACGCUGCUGAUUUCGGCUAGUCUGUCGGGCUGCGCGUUUCUGAUUGUGCUGCUAACUGUGAAGAAAGGAAGACCUGAGGAAAUUUCAGUUACUGGAGGUGAAACUGAUGGCAAGACACAAGUUAGGAAUAGGCGGGAACAAUCCUGCUGGAAGAAGUACAAUCCAAUCACCAAGUUGAUUCAAGCGUUUGCGAUCCUGUUUCAAAAGCGGGAUAACCCGUGGAAAUUCUAUUUGUUGGUUUUGGUCCACAUUUGCUACGCUGCACCAGGUGCGGAACAUUCCAUGAUUUAUCUCUUCGUCAGGGAACGGCUUCAAUGGAAUAUAAGCACGUUUGGAUUUUUCUCCAUGAUUAAUUGGCUCCUCAGUGCGGCCGGGGUUUUCUUGUCGAUGUAUAUUUUAAGCAAAACGCUUAAGCUGUCGGACCCUUUGGUGGGAUUUGUGUCGGGAUUAAGUCAAAUAGGAGGUUCGACAUUGUACGCUUUCGCAACAUCGGCGGCGAUGAUGUAUUGCGCCUCCGCACUGGACAUGAUGAACGGCACUAUUGGCGUCGUUGUGAGAUCCAUGCUUUCUAAAUUAGUGGCCGCAAACGAGGUGGGGAAGCUGUUUGCGCUUCUUGGGGUAAUUGACAGCUUACUACCACUGGUGAUGAUGCCGACGUACGCGCUCGUAUACCGAAGUACUGUAACAUUUUUUGCGGGAGCAUUCUUCUUCCUGUCUGCGGGGAUUACGCUUCCGGCGGAAUUUAUAUUUUUGUAUUUCAUGAUGUCUAAAGAAGAUAAAAAUGUUCCCGAGAAGGAGGAUGAUAUCAACCCCACGCCCCUUGAUCAGCUCCAGUCCACAUUGGAGUCGCUGAACAAGAGCGUUCCCGACAUUGCGAAACUGACACUGAAUGAUGCCCCUCUGAGAGUCGAUGAUUCAGAAGAUGAUGAUGAUGAUGAUGAACGAGGGAUUGGGUUUGGUAAUAUAAUGGGACGAGACUGCGGUGAUGAUUCGGAUUAGAAAGUAUCUUUUUCCAAGUAAAAAAAAUAUUUAGUUUUAAUCACUCAAAUUUUAAUGGUGUUUGAAUUUUGAAAUUACUUUUUAAAAUAAAUUUGUUUGUGUAAUUGAGUUUAUGUAAACAAGGCA